GUCUUCUGGGGAGCCCUGUGGGCAGGGUGAAAAGGACUGAGAGAAAGAAGAAAACAUAGAGUGAUAUGACAGGGAGACAGGCACUACAGGUCUUUUCGCCACUCCUCCAGGACUUCCACUGUAAGGAAAGGAGCCCCUGGACGAACAUCCUCUAAGAUGUUUAUAUGGACCAGUGGCCGGACUUCUUCAUCUUACAGACAUGAUGAGAAAAGAAAUAUUUACCAAAAAAUCAGGGACCACGACCUCCUGGACAAAAGGAAAACUGUCACAGCACUGAAAGCAGGAGAGGACCGGGCCAUUCUCCUGGGACUGGCCAUGAUGGUGUGCUCCAUCAUGAUGUACUUUCUGCUGGGAAUCACACUCCUGCGCUCAUACAUGCAGAGUGUAUGGACCGAGGAGGCUCAGUGCACCUUGCUGAAUGCGUCCAUCACAGAAACAUUUAACUGCUCCUUCAGCUGUGGUCCGGACUGCUGGAAACUCUCUCAGUACCCCUGCCUACAGGUGUAUGUUAACCUGACUUCUUCCGGUGAAAAGCUCCUUCUCUACCACACAGAAGAGACAAUAAAAAUCAAUCAGAAGUGCUCCUAUAUACCUAAGUGUGGAAAAAAUUUUGAAGAAUCCAUGUCCCUGGUGAAUGUUGUCAUGGAAAACUUCAGGAAGUACCAACACUUCUCCUGCUACUCUGACCCGGAAGGAAACCAGAAGAGUGUCAUCCUAACCAAACUCUACAGUUCCAACGUGCUGUUCCAUUCGCUCUUUUGGCCAACGUGUAUGAUGGCUGGGGGCGUGGCAAUUGUUGCCAUGGUGAAACUCACACAGUAUCUUUCCCUGCUCUGUGAAAGGAUCCAACGGAUCAACAGAUAA